UGGGAGAGACGUCUGGGAUGGGUUUAAAAAGCUCAAAUGGUUUUUAAUGUCUUGAUGUCUGUGUUUAGUCAUCUGGUCUUUCCCACGCGGAAGCCGAGUUGACGACGAAGUCGAUAAAGACAGCAUACAUUUUUAGACUGGUCAGUUAACUCGUUAUUAGAUUGAAUAAACCCCCCUGGACGAGGGGCCUCGCGGUUGCAUCAACACAUUGCAUCUGUCGACAGCAACACACACACAAGCAAAGUAGUGGGACCCUCGAGCUUCGCAAAUUGACAACCACGUGAGGAGCUGAACGUAUCUUGACAUCAGCAGAAAUAAGAAAAGGAUGCUGCAGGUGGGAGUCAUGCGUUGGGGCGUGGGUGUGUUGGCGUUCAGGAGAGCCCGCUGCCUGUCCCGUGCAGCUCACACCUCUGCCCAGAAGGUGGAGUACAAGCCCAUCAAGAAGGUCAUGGUGGCCAACAGAGGUGAGAUCGCCAUCCGGGUGUUCCGGGCGUGCACGGAGCUGGGCAUCCGCACAGUGGCAGUGUACUCUGAGCAGGACACGGGCCAGAUGCACAGGCAGAAGGCUGACGAGGCCUACCUGAUCGGCAAGGGCCUGGCGCCCGUCGCCGCCUACCUGCACAUCCCCGACAUCAUCAAGGUGGCCAAGGAGAAUGACGUGGAUGCGAUUCACCCCGGAUACGGGUUCCUUUCGGAGCGGGCGGACUUUGCGCAGGCGUGUGUCGAUGCAGGGGUGCGCUUCAUCGGCCCUACCCCUGAGAUCGUGCGAAAGAUGGGGGACAAGGUGGAGGCACGUGCCAUUGCAAUCCGAGCUGGAGUGCCUGUGGUCCCGGGGACAGACGCUCCCAUCUCCUCGCUGGCUGAAGCCAAGGAGUUCUCCAACACCUACGGCUUUCCCAUCAUCUUCAAAGCUGCUUACGGGGGAGGUGGUCGAGGCAUGAGGGUGGUGCGGGGGUACGAGGACCUGGAGGAGAACUACCAGCGAGCGUACUCUGAGGCCCUGGCUGCGUUUGGGAAUGGUGCCCUGUUUGUCGAGAAGUUCAUUGAGAAGCCCAGGCACAUUGAGGUGCAGAUCCUGGGUGAUAAGUACGGGAAUGUGAUCCACCUGUAUGAGAGGGACUGCUCUAUCCAGAGGAGGCACCAGAAGGUGGUGGAGAUCGCACCCGCUGCACAGCUGGACCCGCACCUUCGAGACAGACUGACCGCCGACUCCGUCAACCUGGCCCGACAGGUGGGCUACGAGAACGCGGGCACUGUGGAGUUCCUGGUGGACAAGCACGGGAAGCACUACUUCAUCGAGGUGAACUCCCGCCUGCAGGUGGAGCACACGGUCACCGAGGAGAUCACAGAUGUGGACCUGGUGCAUGCCCAGCUGCAUGUGUGUGAGGGGCGGAGCCUGUCGGAGCUGGGGCUAAAGCAAGACAAGAUCCGCAUCAAUGGCUGUGCCAUCCAGUGCCGCGUCACCACCGAGGACCCCUCCCGCGGCUUCCAGCCCGACACGGGCCGUCUAGAGGUUUUCCGCAGUGGGGAGGGCAUGGGCAUUCGGCUGGACAGUGCCUCUGCUUUCCAGGGUGCGGUCAUCUCGCCCCACUACGACUCCCUCCUGGUCAAGGUCAUCUCCAGCGGCAAGGACCUGCCCACCGCUGCCGCCAAGAUGAGCCGCGCCCUGGCCGAGUUCCGUGUCCGCGGCGUCAAGACGAACAUCCCCUUCCUGCAGAACGUGUUGAGUAAUGACCAGUUUCUCUAUGGGACGGUCGACACCCAGUUCAUCGAUGAGAACCAGGAUCUCUUCAACCUCAAGCCUGUGCAGAACCGAGCCCAGAAGCUGCUGCAUUACCUGGGUCAUGUGAUGGUGAAUGGUCCAACCACUCCCAUCCCGGUUAAAGCCAAACCCUCCCCCAUCGAUCCAGUGAUCCCUGCUGUGCCUAUGGGAGAGCCUCCGUUGGGGUUCCGGGACAUAUUGCUGCGGGAGGGUCCAGAGGGGUUUGCUCGGGCGGUCCGCCAUCAUGAGGGCCUCCUCCUCAUGGACACCACAUUUCGGGAUGCCCACCAGUCCCUGCUGGCCACGCGUGUUCGCACCCAUGACCUGAAGCACAUCGCCCCCUUCGUCGCACACAACUUCAGCAACCUCUUCAGUGUGGAGAACUGGGGGGGUGCCACGUUUGACGUGGCGAUGCGCUUCCUGUGUGAGUGCCCCUGGCGCAGGCUGCAGGAGCUGCGGGCGCUGCUGCCCAACGUGCCCUUCCAGAUGCUGCUGCGGGGAGCCAACGCGGUGGGCUACACCAACUACCCCGACAACGCCGUCUUCAAGUUCUGCGAGGUGGCCAGGGAGAACGGCAUGGACAUCUUCCGCGUCUUUGACUCCCUCAACUACCUGCCCAACAUGCUCCUUGGCAUGGAGGCGGCGGGCGCGGCGGGGGGUGUGGUGGAGGCGGCCAUCUCGUACACAGGCGAUGUGUCCGACCCCAUGCGGCAGAAGUAUUCGCUGGAGUACUACCUGAACCUCGCCGAAGAGCUGGUGAAGGCCGGCACGCACAUCCUGGCCAUUAAGGACAUGGCGGGGCUGCUGAAGCCGCAGGCCAGCCGGCAGCUGAUUGGCGCGCUGAGGGACCGCUUCCCCGACGUGCCCAUCCACGUGCACACCCACGACACGGCCGGCGCCGGCGUGGCGGCCAUGCUGGCGUGCGCCGAGGCCGGCGCCGACGUGGUGGACGUGGCCGUGGACUCCAUGGCAGGCAUGACGUCCCAGCCCAGCAUGGGCGCCAUCGUGGCGUGCACCAAGGGCACCAAGCACAACACGGGCAUCUCGCUGGAGAAGGUGUUUGACUACAGUGAGUACUGGGAAGUGACCCGAGGCCUCUAUGCCCCCUUUGACUGCACGGCCACCAUGAAGUCGGGCAAUGCUGACGUGUACGAGAAUGAGAUUCCCGGGGGCCAGUACACCAACCUGCACUUCCAGGCACACAGCAUGGGGCUGGGGAACAAGUUUAAGGAGGUGAAGAAGGCCUACACCGAAGCUAACAAGCUGCUGGGUGACCUUAUCAAGGUGACCCCCUCAUCUAAGAUCGUGGGCGACCUGGCGCAGUUCAUGGUGCAGAACUCUCUGACCAGGGCGGAGGUGGAGGAGCGGGCCGAUGAGCUGUCCUUCCCCCUGUCUGUGGUGGAGUUCCUGCAGGGCCACAUCGGCAUCCCCCAUGGCGGCUUCCCAGAGCCCUUCAGGUCAAAGGUGCUGAAGAGCCUGCCCCGAGUGGAGGGCCGCCCAGGAGCCUCGCUGCCCCCCAUGGACUUUGAAGCCCUGGAGAAGCAGCUGCGACAGACGCACGGUGAUGACAUCACCCCCGAGGACGUAAUGUCAGCGGCGAUGUACCCCAAGGUCUUCCAGGAGUUCAAGGAGUUCACCAACACCUUCGGCCCCGUGGACUGCCUCAACACGCGCCUCUUCCUGGACGGGCCCAAGAUCGCAGAGGAGUUUGAGGUUGAGCUGGAGCGAGGGAAGAUCCUCCACAUCAAAGCCCUGGCUCUAGGGGACCUGAACAAGGCGGGUCAGAGAGAGGUCUUCUUCGAGCUCAACGGUCAGCUGCGAUCUGUCCUGGUCAGGGACACUGUGGCCAUGAAGGAGAUGCACUUCCACCCCAAGGCGCUGAAGGAUGUGCGCGGCCAGGUGGGGGCCCCCAUGCCGGGGAAGGUGGUGGAGGUGAAGGUGAAGGAGGGCCAGCGGGUGGAGAAGGGCCAGCCCCUCUGCGUUCUGAGCGCCAUGAAAAUGGAGACCGUUGUCAACUCGCCCCUCUCGGGCACUGUCGCCAAGAUCUACGUCUCCGCGGACUCCAGCCUGGAGGGCGACGACCUCAUCCUGGAGAUAACCGAGUAGGGGGCAGGGGCGCUCGCCCCGGUGGGGCGACCUCACCCUCUGCAGAGCGUCGGAUCAAACAGAGAGAGCUCCUGGCAUCCUCAAACAGGUGCCACUUCAGAGAGAGGAAGGGAUGGAGAGAUUUAUUUUUCAAGCGAAUUACCUUUUCUUUUGUGAUUAAUUAACUAAUGAGUGUGUAAUUAGCUGGGCUGCUGGGGAUAUGCACAGGAAGUGCUUUAAUAAUGGCUGGAGUUAGCGCUUAGCGCUCUCCGUGGCCUGGGUAUUUUGUGUUCAUUUGGCCGUGGUGAAACAGGUGUCGUUUGGCUGGCGCGAGAGCCAGCUUUGUGUCUUUGUUCUUGUUUGGGUUGCAGACGCCACAGAUGUGAGUUUUGUCUGUGUUUUGUUUGUUUUUUUUUUUUAGCGUAUCUUGCACUUGUGCUCGUGUGAUGUCUGGCACUGUUCAAACUUAGACAUAACAAUCACGUUUAACAGUCACUUUAAAUGACCAAUAUUAAUUGAUUAAUAUUAAUAUUAAUGUCAACUUGCAGCAGACAUCAUAGAGGGAAAAGAUGACUGUGAGCGUAGGCGUCACACCAUCAAUUAAAAAAAAGCAAUAAAUAAAUUUAUAUUUUACUAUGUGAUAUAAUGUAUUCUAAACUUCCUUGAAUGUUCCAUAUAUAAUGCCAUUAAGUGCUGAAAUAUGUUACUGUGGUGCCAUCUGAAAGGCUAUCUGGCAGUCAGAUCCACGACAGUAAAAAAGAUGAGCACAAUUAGCAUCCUCUGCUCUCUCCAUCCCUUAUUCCUCUCCUCCCUCAUCUUCCCUCUCACGUUUUUAAAAAGUUAGCUUCCUACACCCUCCAAGUACACAUGCACACACACACACAUGCACACGCUCUCACUGAAGCAUAAAUUUACUUGUCUUGUCCAACUUAAUUUUAUUAAGGUAUUCACAAGAUCGACACCCCCCAUAAUCAAUAUUCCCACUUUGUCUUCCUGCUUAAUUGCCUGUUGUGCUUUCUGCUUUUUCCUUAUUGAAUUGAUGCCAGACGUAUUUGGAACAGCCACCUGCCAGCAAACCAAUAAGCACUAAUGUGAACCUGUUCAAUGAAAUGCUUAAAUGUGAGUAGAAUUUAUCUGAGAAAAAGUAGUUAAUAUAUUCCAUUCCUGUCCAAGUUCUGCAAGCUCAACUGUGGUGAGCAACUAGCCUGUGCGUGACUGUGCUUGUGUGCGUGUGUGCGAGUGGGUGUGUGUGGGUGGUGCUGGGGUUGCCAUAACAUGGGUUCAGUUUUACAUUAAAUGGAAUUAGUACCUCUGGUUUCAUACUGUGGUGUGCGUUCGAGCCUCAGUUGUUUGCUGGUGAUUUAUGCUGUUGUUUUAACACGACCCUUAAUAUGUAUGUUGAUGUGCAUAAUUACGUAUGUCACUUAGACACAGUGUUCAGUGUAGCUGUUAUAGCAAUUUUGAUCAGGGCCACUCAGUGUAAAGGGGAACAUUAUUUUUCUUUUUGUUGAAGGCAGGUGUCAGAGCUGUGUGUGUACUUGUGGGUGAAACCAAGCAUAUCUACAUUUCUAAAGCCUAUGGGAAAGGCACAGGAAGUUUACUGUGAGAGCCAGAUUAGUCAGAUUGUACUGAACAUUCUACAUGUAUCUCCAGGGUUCAAGAAUGUUUAGAGGAUAACUGUUCCAUUUGUUAACCCCAAAGUUUUAGACAGUAGGUGAAUUUUUUAUGACACAAAGUCCACUGUGUAGAAAAUGUUUUUUUUUUUUAAUGAUCACUGAGCAUGCUUUGCGCACAGUGGAGCAGAACUCAAGGAGUUGCACAAUAGAUGUUCACAAUCGGCUCAGAGACCAUGUGAAUUUACAAUAGACAGGGAACAGCAGUAGUGUUUUGUGAUGUUAGAAAGUUAAACACUAAUGUUAUGUAUCCAGUACGGGGGACAAAGAGGCCCUCUAUAGAAUAGAUCACUGUAACUUUAAUACAAGUCAGCUCUUAGUUUUUUUAAUCGUCAUAGGGUCCAGUUCCUUUCCAGAGAUCUUGAAAGGAACACAUUUAAUGUUUUUUGGCAGAAUGCAAGGUAAAGCUGGCAUGUAGCAGUGUAAAUCUAGUAGUCCAUUCUAAUGUGUUUGGCAUGAUGGGACACGGAGACCAGAAUUAACUAUCCAAUCAUGAUUGAUUAGUACAGCACAAAAGUGAGCAUUGAGCAAAUACCAUCUUUGUGAACGGGCACCCAGGUCUCCCGGUUCCCGUCAUGUGGAUACAGAUGUGGGAAUGGUACUGGGGGGAAAAUCUGAAUGUUUGCAUUAAGCUUUGGGACCAUGUCAGAUGGGACUGCAGCAGUUAGGUGGACAUUUAUUAGAAAUGAUUAUUAACUGGAUAAUAACACUUCUGUGGUGUAACUUUCUAUUGCAUUUUUUUUCUGUGAAAUUUCACAUCAUUAUCAUCAUUUUUUAAUAGGGGUUUGGAGGUUAUGCAAAGACUAUACAGAAUCAGCUUUCAGUCAUCAAUGUUCUGUUGGUAUGCA